UUUAGUGAACUAUCUUCUCAUUGAUGUAUUGCUUUCAUCGAGAUCGAAGCCGAAUCACAAUGUAAUUUUCUUGUUUCUGAAUGGACUUUUUCAAUUCUUUUAGGUUUCUUUUCUACUCUGAGUAAAGAUCUGCCCGAUUUGGAUUUGCACAUAUAGAACAAAUAUUCCAAAACUAUGUAUUUUUGUUAGAACUUCUUCCUUUGCUGAAUUGAGUAAUGUUUUCUUUCUGUAAAAUACAAUAUAUGGAUAUCAUAGAAGUAGUGAUCAUAGAAAUAUUACCAAUUGGUUUUUUCUACACAGAGCCUGGGUACUUUAUUUUAUUGGUCCAAUUAAGCCAACCAUAAAUUAUUCAUAAUUUCGAGUAAUAAUCUGGAAAUUUUCUCUAAAAAUGAAAAAAUCGAUAGAAUAGUACUUCAUUACACUUCACGCUCCCCAUUUUUUUAUCUUUUAUUGAAUCAUUCUCUUUUGGGGGUGAAAGAGGGGAUAUCUCGAUCGGGGGAGAAAACGGGUAAAUCCCAUAUAACCUACUAUAUCUGACAAGUCGCACUAUAUAUCAAUCCAAACUGCAUCUCUAUCCCCGGGGAGUCGAAAGGGUACUCUUGGAACACCAAUGGGCAUAAAAUGGACAAAUAAUAAAGUCAUAUAUCUCACUUUAGUGUGGAAACGUAAGAAUUAGCUUAUCGUGUUAAAAAUGAUUGACUUUAUUUUAGAUUAAUAUUGCUUUUUUUUUUAGAAAAAAGAAUACUAAAAAAAGUCAAGUUGUUACAAAUGGGUCAUUGGGGUGAUAAGCGAAUAUGUCUGCAUUUACUUAUUUAAAUAGUCAUAGAGAAAGUUGUCAACCCCUCUCGUCUCCCCACCAUUGCGUAUUGUUACUUAUCCGGUAUAGAAUAAAUCUGUUUCUUUGAUUUCUACAAAUAUGAUUGUUCUAUUUUCCAAGAGAAUAUACUGAAAGGCUAUAUUCAUUUUUUUCCAGUGCAAUAAAGUUACAUAGUGUCUAUUUUUUGUUGAAGGGGUAUUUUUUCAUGGGUUUACCUUGGUAUCGUGUUCAUACUGUUGUUUUAAAUGAUCCGGGCCGUUUGCUUUCUGUUCAUAUAAUGCACACAGCUCUAGUUGCUGGUUGGGCCGGUUCGAUGGCUCUAUAUGAAUUAGCAGUUUUUGAUCCCUCUGACCCUGUUCUUGAUCCAAUGUGGAGACAGGGUAUGUUCGUUAUACCUUUCAUGACUCGUUUAGGAAUAACUAAUUCGUGGGGCGGUUGGAAUAUCACAGGAGGGGCUAUAACGAAUCCGGGUAUUUGGAGUUACGAAGGUGUGGCCGGAGCACAUAUUGUGUUUUCAGGCUUGUGCUUUUUAGCGGCUAUUUGGCAUUGGGUUUAUUGGGAUCUAGAAAUCUUUUGUGAUGAACGUACUGGAAAACCUUCUUUGGAUUUGCCAAAAAUUUUUGGAAUUCAUUUAUUUCUUGCAGGGGUGGCUUGUUUUGGUUUUGGCGCAUUUCAUGUAACAGGAUUGUAUGGUCCCGGAAUAUGGGUGUCUGAUCCUUAUGGACUAACUGGAAGGAUACAAUCCGUAAAUCCCGCGUGGGGUGUGGAAGGUUUUGAUCCUUUUGUUCCGGGGGGGAUAGCUUCUCAUCAUAUUGCGGCAGGAACGUUGGGCAUAUUAGCUGGUCUUUUCCAUCUUAGUGUGCGUCCACCCCAACGUCUAUAUAAAGGAUUACGUAUGGGAAAUAUUGAAACUGUCCUUUCUAGCAGUAUUGCUGCUGUCUUUUUUGCAGCUUUUGUCGUUGCUGGAACUAUGUGGUAUGGUUCAGCAACAACCCCCAUUGAAUUAUUUGGUCCUACUCGAUAUCAAUGGGAUCAGGGAUACUUCCAGCAAGAAAUAUAUCGAAGAAUUGGUGCUGGACUAGCCGAAAAUCAAAAUUUAUCAGAAGCUUGGUCUAAAAUUCCUGAAAAAUUAGCUUUUUAUGAUUACAUCGGAAAUAAUCCAGCAAAAGGGGGGUUAUUUAGAGCGGGUUCCAUGGACAAUGGAGAUGGAAUAGCCGUCGGUUGGUUAGGACAUCCCAUUUUUCGAGAUAAAGAAGGACAUGAGCUUUUUGUACGUCGUAUGCCUACUUUUUUUGAAACAUUUCCAGUUGUUUUAGUAGAUGGGGACGGAAUUGUUAGAGCCGAUGUUCCUUUUCGAAGAGCAGAAUCGAAAUAUAGUGUCGAACAAGUAGGUGUAACUGUUGAGUUCUAUGGUGGUGAGCUUAAUGGAGUAAGUUAUAGUGAUCCCGCUACUGUGAAAAAAUAUGCUAGACGUGCUCAAUUGGGUGAAAUUUUUGAAUUAGAUCGUGCUACUUUGAAAUCAGAUGGUGUUUUUCGUAGCAGUCCAAGGGGUUGGUUUACUUUUGGGCAUGCUUCAUUUGCUCUGCUAUUCUUUUUCGGGCACAUUUGGCAUGGUGCUAGAACUUUGUUCAGAGAUGUUUUUGCUGGUAUCGACCCAGAUUUAGAUGCUCAAGUAGAAUUUGGAGCAUUCCAAAAACUUGGAGAUCCAACUACAAGAAGACCGGUAGUAUAACAUUCUUUUGUUCUUUUCUACUUUUUUCUAAUUUUUAAUUUCACAUAAAGAACUAGAUAAAUCUUGAUUUGAAUCAUUGCAUUUAUUCUUUUUUUUCUUUUCGAAAAGAGCCCCACCCCAAGAAACAGGUAUGAAAGCUAUAAUUGUAAACCACGAUUAAAUUUAUGGAAGCUUUGGUUUAUACAUUCCUCUUAGUCUCAACUUUAGGAAUUAUUUUUUUCGCGAUUUUUUUUAGAGAACCUCCUAAAGUUCCGACGAAAAAGGUAAAAUAAUGUUUUAUUAUCUUAAUUGAAGUAAUGAGCCCCCAAUAGGGAGGGCGCAUUACUUCAACUAGUCCCCAUGUUCUUCAAAUGGAUCUCUUAGUUGUUGGGAGGGUUGCCCAAAGGCAGUAUAUAAGGCAUACCCAGUAAAACUUACAAGUAAACCAGAUAUAGAGAUGGCAAUUAGAGUUGCUGUUUCCAUUAUUUUAAUUAUAAAGUUUCCAGAUCACAAUAGAUCGAUCUAUAGGAUAAGAUCCUUAUAUUUACAGCGGAAUGGUAUACAAAGUCAACA